AUGGCCGACUCUGAGAUGUUGGCCCAUCGUCAAUCUGCCGGUUUGGAUAUCACUUUGUCCAUCACAAGAGUUUCCACUACGUUGGUCACAACAAUUUCUCUAGGCUCUUUGGCGACGACGGAAAGCCAGUUGCAACCGUCUCUACUUUCGGUGUCUACCGCACCAGCGACAGAUCAUAGCUCCCAUGCUCAAAUAAUUGGAGUAGUAGUUGGUAUCAUCGUUGCGGUGUCAAUCCUUGUCGUGUUCUUUUGUUGCUGUAGGCCAUACCUUCGAGGGAGCCCAGGGGAAAAUGGUAUAGAUGGCUCCGUCGGGCAACCAGGACCCCCUGGAAGAGAUGGUACUGAUGGUGCACGAGGACCACCAGGGCCAGUGGGACCAAGAGGGCAAGCCGGGAUUGACGGUACACGAGGUUUACCUGGACAAGAUGGGAAACCUGGAAGAGAUGGACGGGACGGAUGGGAUGGUAUGAAUGGCACACAAGGACCUCCGGGGCCAAUAGGGCCGCGAGGACAAAACGGUGUUGACGGUGCACCAGGAAUACCCGGAAGAGAUGGUCGAGAAGGAAAAGAUGGGAAAGACGGCGCCGAUGGCGCACAAGGACCACCAGGAGUGAUGGGACCGGUGAGGAGGGCGCUCGCGGACCGCCAGGACACGAUGGGCGUGAUGGAAGGGAUGGUGCCAAUGGCCUACCAGGGCCGCCGGGGCAGAACGGACGAGAUGGACGAGAUCUUCACAAUAAUCGUAAUAAUGUAUUUAGAUUCGCUGGGAGAAUUCAAGGUUCAGCGGUAUGAAGUUUUUUGUUCCAGCGUUCAGCUUUCUCAAUGA